AUGCACCUGGAUGAAGCAAGGGGCAGCAAGCUGAGCCUUCCUCGAGAGGAGGAGGAGGCUGAGGAGCUGCGGUGCAAGCAGGGUCCCAGCGGAGGAAAAGAGGAGGCCUCUCUUGCAGAAAAUAACCCCACACGGGUGCCACAGGGGAAGCCUGGAGAGCGAAGCUCCAUCCUCUAUUCUGCUGGACAGUUUUUCUUUGAGUACCUGGUGGUGGUGUCGCUGAAGAAGAUGUCAGAUGGACAUUACGAACCCAAGAUAACCUACCAGUUCCCAAAGCGUGAGAACUUGCUGAAGGGCCAGAAGGAGGAGGAGGAACGUCUCCUGCAAGCCAUCCCUCUCUUCUGCUUCCCUGACGGCAACAACUGGGCCCCGGUCACUGAGUUUACCAGUGAAACCUUCUCUUUCGUCCUGACCAACGUGGAUGGCAGCAGGAAGAUCGGCUACUGCAGGCGGCUGCUGCCGUCCGGCCGUGGUGUCCGCCUCCCUGAAGUCUUCUGCAUCAUCAGCUGCCUGGGCUGCUUCGGGCUCUUCUCCAAGAUCCUGGACGAGGUGGAGAAGAGACGCCAGAUCUCCAUGGCAGUGAUUUACCCAUUCAUGCAGGGCCUUCGGGAAUCACCCUUCCCAGCACCAGGGAAAACUGUCACCAUUAAAAGCUUCAUCCCUGAGUCAGGCACAGAGAUCAUCGAGCUCACACGGCCCGUGGAUGCCCACCUGGAGCACGUGGAGUUUCAGGCUCUGCUCCAGCGGCUCAGCCCCCACCUCAUCCUGCACAUCUUCGCCUCUGCCGUGUUGGAGCGACGGCUCAUUUUCCUGGCAGAGGAGCUGAGCGUCCUGUCGCAGUGCAUCCACGCAGUGGCUGCUCUCCUCUACCCCUUCACCUGGGCUCACACUUACAUCCCCGUGGUCCCUGAGUGCCUGCUCGACACUGUCUGCUGCCCCACACCCUUCAUGGUCGGCAUCCAGAUGCGGCACUUGGAGCGGGUCCUGGACCAGCCAAUGGAGGAGGCUCUGAUAGUUGACCUCUGCGAAGGAAAGAUCCUCCGGGCGGUCGGCGAUGAGGAGGAGAUCUUGCCCAUCAAGCUGCAGAACGAGAUGCUGACGUCUCUGAACAGGCACAACAACAACAACAACGUACACACAUCCGAGCAGGUGAACACGCUCGUCUCUGAAACCUUCGUGCAAUUCUUCGUCCGAAUGGUUGGCCAUUACGCCUCGCACAUCAAAUGGAGUAAAAACAGCUCAGGCACCUUCCAGGAGCGAGCCUUCUGCAAAGCCAUCACCUCCAAGACCAACCGCAAAUUUGUGAAAAAGUUUGUGAAGACGAAUAUGUUUUCCCUAUUUAUUGAGGAAGCAGAAAAGAGCAGAAUCCCACAGGAAGCGUAUUUCCAGCAGAAAAUAACAGAGUACCACGAACAGAAGAAGCACCGAAGGGACUCCUGAAGUCCAGCCUGGGAGCACAGGAGCAGGGCUGGGACCGAGCAGGUCUCCCCACCAGCACCACGUGGCACAGACUCGCCGUGUGCCCUAAGUCCACUGGCAGAACACGCCGGACUCCGCUGGAUCUGUCCACCGGUUCCUGCCCAUGUGUGACUCAUGAGAUGUGUGGGCAGCACCCAACACCAGUUUCUACCCUUUCUUUUUUUUCCUCAGGGCAUCAUUGCACUGAAAAACUCUUUAGCACAGAGCUAGCAAAGCAGGCUGGGGUUUCUUUUCUGAUCUUGCUAGCAGUCCGGAUGAACUGUGGCUCAAAGUGCCCUGCACAGAGUCUUUGGCCCCACCAGGACCUGACACAGCAAGGGAGGGAAGUCAGGGAGCUGGCUGCAGGACAACAAAGGUUGUAGAGUAAUUGUUAGAGAGAGAAAAAAAAAAAAAAGAAGAAAAAAACACAACAAAAAAAAAGAUGAGUAGGAAAUAGUGUUAUUUCUAAUUAAAACAAACCUAGGUUUUGCAAACAAGUAACAUCCUAUUGAGUAGGUUUCCAAGGUUGCUGUUAUUAACAAAUGUUUUGGUUUGUUUUUUAUCAGGAUCUGCUCAUUGUUAAAUACCAGCAGGAACAGUCGUGCUGGAUUUUAGCGGUUUCCUCUGUAGCAGCUGUCUGCUUCAUUGGUACCACUUAGAGCCCAGUUUAGCUCUUAAAAGAAACAAAAAUAUUCUUCUCCAACAGGUUAUUUAUUUGUGCUGUAAGCAAACUGUGAAGGCCACAGGGCUGUGUUUUGUAGUAGAGGGAAAUGGCUGAUCAGCUGCUUUGGGUAGGAAGUAUUUGUUAAAUCCAGCAGUAAAACAUGUCGACGUCC